AUGUUCAAGGUGUUACACAUCAUGAUGCACAGUUAUGGUGCACAUGAUAAGCUUUAUAACACGGGAUUCGAUUUGUCCACGUGCACCGCUUCCCCAUUUUGGAGAAUAAAGCGAUAUCACGAAAUUA